AAAAUAUUUUCUUGAAAUCAUUAUACAAUGCAAAUGAACUUUUCUGCUUAUUAGCUUUUCAAUGAGUUUUAGCCUCAGAAUAUGAAGAAUUUCUUGGUUUCUUUAAAUUACUUGUUUCCUGCAAUCGUUGCAAUCAUUCUUGUGCUGCUUACUCCAAUUCCCAGUGCACAGCUAACAACAAGUGAGAAUAGAAUUCUUCUUCAAGUUCAGAAGCUUCUUGAAUAUCCUCAAGUUCUGCAAGGAUGGACCAACUGGACCAACUUCUGCUACCUCCCUCCCUCACCUUCUCUCAAGAUUGUUUGCUCCAAUGGUCAUGUAACCGAAUUAACUAUCAUUGGAAACAAGACUGAAACUCUUUCAGAAAGAUUCUCCAUUGAUUCUUUCUUUACUGUCUUGACAAAGCUUUCAAACUUGAAGGUGUUGUCAUUGGUGUCCCUUGGUUUGUGGGGUCCUUUACCAUCCAAGAUUAACCGGUUCUGGUCUCUUGAAGUGCUGAACAUUAGCUCAAAUUUCAUUUAUGGUGAAAUCCCAUCAUCAAUCUCCUCUCUGAAAGAUCUCAGGAGUCUUGUUUUAGCUGAUAAUCUGUUCAAUGGGAGUGUUCCUGAUCUUAGAAGACUAGCUUCUCUUCGAGAGCUCAAUUUGGGUGGCAACAAAUUGGGUCCUGAGUUCCCUUCAAUUGACAAGUAUCUUGUGAGGAUAAUCUUGAAAAACAAUUCUCUGAGAUGUCAAAUUCCUCCCCAACUAGUGCAAGUUGAUAAACUUGAGCUAUUUGACAUCUCUUCCAAUGAAAUAUUUGGUAACAUCCCAUCAUUUGUUUUCUCUCUUCCACUCCUCCAGUACCUAAACAUGGCUGCAAACAAACUAACCGGUUCCCUUUCUGUGAAUAUAUCAUGUAAUUCUGCUCUAUCAUUUGUUGAUAUCUCACACAAUUUCCUAGUAGGAAAAUUGCCAUCCUGUUUUGGUUCAAAGUCCUCAAAUAGAACAAUACUGUAUUCUGGGAAUUGUUUUUCAACCAGAAGCUUAAGUGAUCAACAUCCAUCUUCAUAUUGCAAGCAAUUGGAGGUCUUAGCCGUUAAGCCACCAGUUAGAAAAAAGGAGGAGGAGUCGCAUAUGCAAAUAGGCCUACUACUUGGUAUUAUUGGAGGUGUUGUAGGAAUUGCAGGGCUUCUGGUUCUACUCAUUCUGUUCAACUUGAGGAAGUCCAAAGCUGAAAGAGCAGAUAGUAAUUUAGACACAUCAAUUUCUGAUAAAUUUUCUGUCCGUGCGUAUCCAAGACCAUAUAUUGAUGAAAGACAUGUUCCCCAGCCAAUGAGACUAGGUGCACUUGGAUUCCCAUCAUACAGAAUUUUUACAUCAGAAGAAAUUGAAGAUACAACAAACAACUUCGACCCAUCAAAUCUAAUAGGAGAAGGAUCACAGGAUCAGCUAUAUAAGGGCUGGCUCAUAGAUGGCUCAAUGGUUAUAGUUAAUAGAGUAAAACUAAAGCAAAAGAGUUUGUCCAAAAACAGCAUUCAGAACUUGAAGGUAUUACCCUAUUUAAGGCAUAGGCAUUUGGUGAGUGUUCUAGGACACACUGUCAUUACUUAUCAGGACCAUCCCCAAACGACAAGCACAAUAUUCAUUGUAUUUGAACACAUCCCAAACGUGUCGUUGAGGGAUCAUCUUACAGAUAGGAGAAAAAAGGAAAUGCUGAAAUGGCCACAGAGAAUGACAAUCAUCACAGGCAUUGCAAGAGGAAUCCAGUUCUUACACACUGGAGUUAAUCCUGGCAUAUUUGGCAACAAUAUAAAGAUUGAAAACAUUCUGUUGGAUGAUAGUCUCAAUGCAAAAGUUAGUGGAUACAGCAUUCCAUUCACUUCCAAGGGAGGUCUUGACAGCACACUUAAAGAACAAAGUGCCCCCAAUCAUAAUGGUACCAAUGAUGCAGAAAAGGAAGAUAUCUAUCAGUUGGGUGUUACUCUACUUGAAAUUAUCACUGGCAAAAUAAUUACAUCUUCCAGUGAAGUAGAGGAGCUGAAGAAUGAGCUGGAGAGAGGUUUAUCAGAAGCUGCAUCGCCAACACUAAGGGGAUCAAUCGAUCCUUCCCUCCGUGGAACUUAUGUAUAUGAAUCAUUGAGGACUGCAGUUCAGAUCACCAUCAAUUGUCUCAGCAAGGUUCCCUGUAAUCGCCCUUCAAUAGAGGAUAUUCACUGGAAUAUGCAGUACUCAGUGCAGGUUCAAGAGGCGAGUGGAAACCUCAAUACUAAAUUGUAAACUUGCUGUCAACAGUUCGUAAGUUAUUUGACCAUAAAGAAUAAAUGGUACUGUAAAUAUAUAGUUUCUUAAAUAAG